UUUCGCAAGUCAAAGAGCUUUUUAUUGACGCGCUAAAACUACUCCCUUUUACGCUUGUUUUUCCGCACCUUUUCCCGCACCUUUUCCCGCACCUUUUUACUGGUCAAAAUUCCGGUCCGCCACCCGUGUCAACCAAUGCUCAGAAGAAAGGUCGACGCUGCGGACGAGACCAAGGGUCACUUGACCGUGUACGAUGGACAUGGCAGGCGCGCCGUUAGAAGAGAAGGGGCCCGGGCGUGCACCAGCCCGGGCGAUCUGCGCCGUUCAAAUCCAGUUCGUCAACGAGCAGAGGUCACAGGGAGCAUAGAGGUGCAGCGUCGGUGCCGGCCCGUCCGACGGUUAUGUGGCGCAGCGUGGAUACGGUGGCGUUGCCAUGCCCUCGAGGCGGGGGCAACAGCCAUGACGCGCCCCGGCCCGAGGCAGGGCGCUCCGCUUUCCACCUGCUCGUCGUCUGGCUCCCUGUUCUCGCCCAGCAUGCACCUGCUCCUCCACCUGACCUCGAAUUUGAGCCUCCCCAGCCACCCACCGCGCUCGCUCCUGACCGGCCGUGGUCCUGUUCUUACUGGUUGCGGAGUUUCUCCAGGGCCUUGGGCUCGACGGAACAUUGGCGGGACGACGGAAUGAUGUGUGCCACGCGACCGGAGAAGGGCGCUCGGAACGGAGGCUUUCUGACAAUCACGUGGGAGUGCCCGCCUUCCUUCCCCGAAGCGCC